GUUUGAAAAAAUGUUUGGUCAUUAGCUAGGAUUCUGCCUUUGAUGGAUAUGAGGGCAUGGUGAAAACGUUGCUUUACUGCUGCAAAAGGCAAUUAUUUAGGCUCUUUUCUGCACCGGAACAGUGAUACUAAGUAAAGAUUCAAAAUGUGGACCAAGAUGUUUGUACCUCUGAUUGGAGCUGUGUGCAUAUUUCAGGUGAUUUCAAAUGCGCAAAGCACCACUAGCAGCACAGAACUAUUCAGCACGUUUGACAGCAACAUCAAUUCCACAAACAUCUGUGAAUGUGAACAGCAUACAGCAGAGGAAACCAACAAAAAGCAAGGGAGUGAACCACUAUAUGUUAAUUUUAACAGCAGCAUCAAUUCCAUAACCUAUACAUGUGAACAGGCUAAAGAUUAUAUUUGUGUGGUCGAAGGCCAGAAGGUGGAGAUACCCUGUGAUGAUAACAUGGAGGGACAAAAAACAGCAGUUUGUAUGGCAAAUGGUGAAUAUGGAAAUGAAGAAGACAACUGUGUCCUUACAGUUGUUCUUGACCUCCUCAAUAAAUCUAUGGAACUAAAUAUCUCAACACUGCCAAAUUUCUUGGAGGAACUCAGAAAUGUGACCGUUGGCACGACUGAAAAAGUUACUAAAACACCAGCAUCUAUAAGUUCCAUUGUUACAAUCCUUAACAAUGUAGCUGAUACAUCCUCAGAGUUGUCUUUGCCAAUUAGUCGAAAAUCAACAGAGCACAUUCUAGUAACUGCUGGUCUUCUCACCUCUGAUGAAGCAAAGAAUUCGUGGGAUAUCCUAAAUGACAAACCAAACUCAGGGACAGAGAACAACAGCAAAAAAGAAAGCCCUAGCUCCUCCUUCUUAAAACUAUUUGAGACAGUAUCCUCCCUUCUUGUCAAUGAAUCUUUAACAAUCGAGACUCCUUUUAUUCUGUUAAAGAAAACGGAGUUGACAGACCCUUUCUAUGAUCGCCUUAAUUCAUCAGUGACAAUAAGCAUACCAGAGACUGAUAAAAAAGAUAAUUUUAUCACCACAAUCUUAUUUGCUUCCAUGGAUAAUGUGCUCCCACCAAGGGAUAAAGAAAACUCUGGUUUCAUGGUUAUCAAUGGAAAGGUUGUGCUUGUUGAGACAAGAGCCAAAAUCAAAAAUAUAUCCAUAAUCUCAGAAAUUCUAAAUGAUACUUUAAAAGAUCCACAAUGUGUUUUCUGGGAUUUCGACCUCUUUGAUGGUCUUGGAGGAUGGAGCAACCAGGGUUGUUCUGUGCAAUCCCAAAACAACGAAACCAUUAGCUGCAUCUGCAACCACCUCACCUGCUUCUCCAUCCUCAUGUCCUCUGAUAGUUUUAAAGACUCUGAAUUGGAGGACAUAACAUUCAUUGGGGUUGGCAUAUCCAUAGGUUCUUUGGUUAUAUGUCUUAUUACUGAAGCUCUGAUAUGGAAAAAAAUAAGUACCAACACAACCGCAUUUCUACGCCAUGUUUUUAUCGUUAACAUUGCAGUUUCUCUCCUGAUAGCAAACAUUUGGUUCAUUGUAGGAGGAUCUUUAUCAGGUGCAGAGAAGAAAAACCCUCCUGCAUGUGCAGCAGCUACCUUCUUUAUCCAUUUUUUCUACCUUGCCAUGUUCUUCUGGAUGUUAGCCACAGGUCUACUGUUGCUCUACCGUACUGUCCUGGUCUUUGAGGGGGGGUUUUCAAAAACGUCUAUGCUUGUUAGUGGGUUUGUCUUGGGAUAUGGUGCACCCUUAAUCAUUUCAGUAACAACCAUGGCUGUGACUUUGCCCUCAUAUAACUACAUAAGAGCAAAUCAUGCCUGUUGGCUCAACUGGGAUGAUUCCAAAGCCCUGCUGGCAUUUCUGGUUCCUGCACUUGUCAUCGUUUUCAUAAAUUUUAUAAUCUUGCUUGUAGUGAUAUUCAAAAUGUUAAACAGAAGAGUGAAGAGGAAUACAGCACAAGCACAGGAGCAGCAUGUUCUGGUGGUGAUUGCCAGGAGUUUGGCUGUGCUCACACCAUUUUUUGGACUGACCUGGAGUUUGGGAAUCGGAACCAUAAUUGCUCCAACAAACAAGGGGAUUCAUUUUGCUUUUUCAUUACUCAACUCACUACAGGGUUGCUUCAUUUGGGUGUUUGGAACACUGUUGGACAAGAGGGUACGGUCAGAAGCCAUAAAAUCCCUGACCACCCAAGAAAAAACCUCAAUUGGUUAAAGACACCCCUGUGCCUGAGGAGUUCCUAUGGAGAGGAGGACAAUCCACACAAUAAAACCUAUCCCUUAUUCCCUUUUUAUUUUUUGGACGUUUUCUGCAAUGUAUCGAAUUCCAUUUGUUUUCCUACAGGAUUGUGCUGAAGCACUAAAACCUUCGGUUGUAAUAUACAGCAAAUGCCUUUUUAGUUUUUAAAUUGCCAUCUCUACUCCUAAUACAGUUUCUAUUACUCUAUUCCUAACAAACACAAACGUAGUUUUAAUGUGCCUUUGGAUCUGCUCCAGAUAAACUACACAUCUUAGUGUUUGUUUUUAGCUUAGCUGGAAAAUAUCAAUUAGUUUCAUCAGGUCCGAGGUCAUAAAUUCCUACUAGAGUCUUUAGUCGGGGAAAGCUUCUGCAUUUAACAGAAAGAUGUUUGUUUGGUUUUACCUCCUUGCAAGUUACAGCUAGAAGGGCUAGGUAAAAAAGGCCAGCACAUUUAAUACAAGAAGCAGUUGGCCUAAUGGACUUUUAAUGAUAAAUCUAACCACUAAUGUUGAGGCACGGCUAUCCCAACGACUGGAUGGUAGAAGGAAGUUAUGUAUUGAUUCAAAAAGUGAAACUGAUGUUGCUCAUUUAAACUAUUUCAUCUACCUGCCUUGUCUUUUAUUGUUAAAUGACUGUGUUGUAAUAAUAGAAUAAUGCGUGUACACUUUUUUUUUGAA